CUCUGAUCAAAUUAGGUAGUUAGAUCUUUCCUAGUGAAGAUCGAGGAUAGAAUUUGAUUUCAGGUAGCCUUUUGUGUUUCUAAUCUCUUACUUCACUUUUUUGGCAUUGAAUUGUUCGAUUCCGAGCUCGACUGUGCUCCUACUUAGCUUUUGAAUGUUGAUGCGGGGCCUGGAAACCCUAGCAGUCGUUUUGUUUUUGAGCCCCAAAUCUCCUACUUAGCGUAAAUUAAAUGUUUGAGGAAGUUGCCUUCAGCUUUAAUGGGGGGAAGGAUUCCACUGUCUUGCUGCAUUUACUGCGAGCUGAAUAUUAUUUGCAAAAAGAGAAAACGAAGCAAUCCAAUGGAAAUCAGUUGGAUUCUAUUCCAGAGUGUAGAAUAAGGACUAUCUACUUUGAAACUCCCUGUGCAUUUCCUGAAAUCAAUUCAUUCACUUAUGAAACAGCCUCUAAUUAUGACUUGCAAUUGGAAAUUAUUAGCCUUGAUUUCAAGUCUGGGUUAGAGACUCUAAUGAAUGAAAAACCUAUCAAAGCUAUUUUUCUUGGUACACGAAUUGGCGACCCUAAUGCGGUUGGCCAAGAGCAGUUCUCUCCUAGCUCGCUAGGAUGGCCCCCUUUCAUGAGGGUGAAUCCUAUCUUGGAUUGGUCAUACAGGGAUGUGUGGGCUUUCUUAUUGACCUGCAAGGUUCAGUACUGCAGCUUAUAUGACAAGGGGGAAUACGUUGAAAUACUAUUGCUUCUUAGAUUCCAUUUUUGACUUUGUCUAUCUGCUCUAUAUCACCCCUCAUACAAAGAAUGCCAAAUUGAAUAGGAUGAACUAAAGAAAACUUGGCUUUG